GGUGCAGGUUGGAAAAUUGUUGCUAGCUUCGAGGGAAAUUUUCCAAAUCGAAUCAAGCAAUUACCUUUAGACAGACACUUCGAUAUUAAUAAUGUGAAGAGGAUCGUAUUAGAAGCUGAUGGUUAUCAGCCUUAUCUUAUAUCACCUGAGAAGGGUUUGAGAUCUUUAAUAAAAGGUGUUUUGGAGCUUGCAAAAGAACCAUCACGUCUCUGUGUUGACGAGGUGCACAGGGUUUUGAUAGAUAUUGUUUCUGCUGCUGCUAAUGGCACCCCAGGUCUUGGAAGAUACCCACCAUUCAAAAGAGAGGUUGUGGCCAUUGCAAGUGCUGCCCUGGAUGGGUUUAAAAAUGAAGCGAAAAAGAUGGUUGUGGCGUUAGUUGACAUGGAGCGAGCAUUUGUCCCACCGCAGCAUUUUAUACGUCUUGUACAAAGAAGGAUGGAAAGACAGCGCCGGGAAGAGGAAGUGAAGACUAGAUCAUCAAAAAAAGGACAAGAGGCUGAAGUGAUGUCAAAGAGGGCAAGUAGUCCUCAAACAAAUAGUCAGCAAGCUGGUGGAAGCUUGAAAUCAAUGAAAGAAAAACCUAGUACGGAAGAGAAGGAAGCGCAGGAAAGUACGGGUUUGAAGACAGCAGGUGCUGAAGGAGAGAUAACAGCUGGUUUCUUGUUAAAGAGAAGUGCAAAAACUAAUGGUUGGAGCAGGCGAUGGUUUGUUUUGAAUGAGAAGACUGGAAAGCUUGGAUACACCAAGAAGCAAGAAGAGAGAGACUUUCGUGGUGUCAUUCCUUUAGAGGAUUGUAAUAUAGAAGAAGUUACAGAUGAGGAACAGCCUCCACCUUCAAAGAGUUCUAAGGAUAAGAAGGCAAAUGGGCCAGAUUCUGGAAAGGGACCAAGUCUUGCGUUUAAGAUUACCAGCAAAGUUCCAUAUAAAACUGUUUUAAAAGCCCAUAGUGCUGUUGUUUUGAAAGCCGAGAGCGUCGCUGACAAGGUGGAAUGGACGAACAAGAUACGCCGUGUCAUUCAACCGUCCCGAGGAGGACAAACGAAAGGUUCAUCCUCUGGAGGUGGUCUUACCUUGCGGCAAAGUCUAUCUGAUGGCUCUCUAGACACAAUGACUCGAAAACCUGCUGAUCCUGAAGAAGAGCUGCGGUGGAUGUCUCAAGAAGUUCGUGGUUACGUUGAAGCAGUUUUAAAUAGUUUGGCUGCAAAUGUCCCCAAGGCUGUUGUACUUUGUCAAGUUGAGAAGGCCAAGGAAGACAUGCUAAACCAAUUAUAUAGCUCGAUCAGUGGCCAAAGCUCAGCCAGGAUUGAGGAGCUUCUUCUGGAGGACCCAAACGUAAAACGGAGGAGAGAACGUUAUCAAAAACAAUCCUCUCUCCUUUCGAAACUUACGCGCCAGCUCAGCAUCCACGAUAAUAGUGCAGCUGCUGCUGGUUGGUCCGACAAUGAUGCAGCAGAAAGUAGUCCCCGAACUAGCGGAACGCCUGGAGAUGACUGGAAAUCUGCAUUUGAUGCAGCUGCUAAUGGUCGGGUCGACUCCAGAAGAUCUUCUUCCAAUGGUCGCAGUAGGUAUUCUAACGAUCCCACACAAAAUGGUGACAUAUACUCAGGUUCAAACUCGAGCAGUCGUCGUACUCCAAACCGUCUGCCACCAGCACCUCCACAGUCAUCUUCUGGUUCCAAAUACUUCUAGCAUCACAACAGACCUUGAUGAUUCAUAUUCUCAGCAACAUUGGGUCAUAUUUAGUGAUCUCCUCAAGUUCAUAUUCCUACUAGAAACUUCAAAGUGGAGAGAGAGGUUUGUGUAUAUAUACAACAUUUCUCAGUCUCAGGUUAUACUCUGCUUUCUUCAUAAAUACAAGACUAGAUUCAAGUUUUUGUUCUACCAUUCAUUUUUGGACAAGAAAAAUGUAUUUGAAUGCAUUAGUUAUGCUUUUGUUUGUACUAUCAUAUCCAUUUCUAAUGGGUUAUAAUAUAAUAUUCAGUUAUUUCUUAGUGUAAAGUGAAUCUUGAAUAGAAUUUGUGAUGGUGGAUUUGGAAAGAGCUGGUUAGAAAGA